CCAACCAAUUUUCCAAUCAAAAGUGGAAAAUCUCUCAGUCUCUUAUAGUGAUGAGUUUCCAUAAUAUUAUGGAUAACAUUGUAUUAAAGAUGACUAGUUUAUACACCUUGGUUCUCCUACUUUUUCUUUUUCUAUCUUAUAGACCUGCUCUUUCAUUUUCUUCUAGACAUAGGCAAUAUUGGGGUGGUGGUGGGAGGAUAUUGAGCUCUGGUGAGCAUAAUGGUGAUCUUGUGACUAAUUUGCCUGGUCAGCCUAGGGUGAAUUUCCAGCACUAUGCUGGAUAUGUCACAGUCAAUGAAACCAAUGGAAGAGCACUCUUUUACUGGUUCUAUGAGGCUAUCACCCAGCCAAAAGAGAAACCAUUGGUGCUUUGGCUUAAUGGAGGUCCUGGGUGCUCUUCUGUGGGAUAUGGAGCAACACAGGAGAUUGGUCCAUUUUUAGUGGACACUGAUGGCCAAGGCCUCAAAUUUAAUAACUUCUCUUGGAACAAAGAAGCCAACAUGUUAUUCCUGGAAUCUCCUGUUGGAGUUGGCUUUUCAUACUCAAAUACAAGCAGUGACUAUGACCAAUUGGGAGAUGAAUUGACAGCUAAUGAUGCUUACUCUUUUCUUCACAAUUGGUUUCAAAAGUUUCCAUCAUAUCGAGGGAGGACAUUUUACAUAGCAGGGGAGAGCUAUGCAGGAAAGUAUGUUCCAGAGCUGGCUGAACUCAUCCAUGAUAGGAACAAGGACCCCUCCCUCUAUAUUGAUCUCAAGGGUAUUCUGUUGGGUAACCCUGAAACAUCUGAUGCUGAGGACUGGAUGGGUCUGGUUGAUUAUGCUUGGAGCCAUGCUGUGAUAUCUGAUGAAACUCAUCAAACAAUCAAAACAAGUUGUGACUUUAACAGUACUGAUCCAUGGCACAAUGAAGAUUGUAGCCAAGCUGUGGAUGAAGUUCUCAAACAAUACAAUGAAAUUGAUAUCUACAGUCUCUACACCUCUGUCUGCUUUGCCAGUACAGCAAGUUCUAACGAUCAAUCCAUGCAAACUUCCACGAAGCGUUCAUCUAAAAUGAUGCCAAGAAUGUUGGGUGGCUAUGAUCCAUGCCUUGAUGGCUAUGCUAAAGCAUUUUAUAAUAAACCAGAUGUUCAGAAGGCUCUUCAUGCCAGCGAUGGUCACAAUCUAAAGAAAUGGAGCAUUUGCAACGACAAGAUAUUCAAUGACUGGGCCGAUUCAAAGCCAUCUGUUAUUCCAAUUUACAAGAAGCUUAUUUCAGCAGGACUUAGAAUUUGGGUUUAUAGUGGAGAUACAGAUGGUAGAGUACCAGUGCUUUCCACAAGGUACAGCUUAAGCUCUCUUGCGUUGCCUAUCACUAAAUCAUGGAGGCCAUGGUAUCAUGACAAUGAGGUUAGUGGGUGGUUUGAAGAAUAUAAAGGGCUUACAUUUGCAACGUUUCGAGGAGCUGGGCAUGCAGUUCCCUGUUUUAAACCAAGCAACUCACUUGCGUUCUUCUCCUCCUUUCUCAAUGGAGAAUCACCACCUUCUACAAAAUAAGAAAUCUGUAUAAUCAUAUUGGGUGCUCUUUGUGUGACCCCCAUAUGAAGAUUUUGCUCUUACAUUAGCAAUAGCUAAUAGUCCAUGUUGUCAAAAUGAGAAGCAACCCUAUGCAAAUGUAAUGAAUAAAAGAGUUCUGCUCCCUAUUCACCAAAGCAAAAUGAGAAGAUAGUUUCUAUA